AUGCUGUUGCUGGUCAGGGCCGGUGCGCUGGCAUGGGCACGACCCGCCUGCAGCCGCGUGCGAGCGGGUGCCGGAGGUGAGGUCGGAGGGCAAAGAUCAGGGGUCCCAGGGACACCCCUCACACUCGCGCGCCGCUUACAAGGCCUGAACUCACGGGCGGAAGAGGCAACCCCGCCGCCUGUAGUGGAGCCGGUACUGGUGGCGAGCGCAGGUCACCCGGCGCCCGUGCUGCGCAAGUGCGAGCUCCCAGUACCCGCGAACCAGCGUCCGGUGCAGGCCUGGGUGGAGUCCCUGCGAGGCUUCGACCAGGAGCGUGUGGGGCUAGCAGAUCUGCACCCUGACGUCUUCGCCACGGCGCCCAGGCUGGACAUCCUGCACCAGGUCGCCAUCUGGCAGAAGAACUUCAAGAGAAUUAGCUACGCCAAGACCAAGACGCGGGCCGAGGUCCGGGGAGGUGGCCGGAAGCCCUGGCAGCAGAAGGGCAGUGGGCGUGCCCGGCAUGGAAGCAUCCGCUCCCCGAUCUGGAGAGGAGGCGGUGUGGCCCAUGGCCCCAGGGGCCCCACCAGUUACUACUAUAUGUUGCCCAUGAAAGUGCGGGUUCUGGGCCUCAAGGUGGCGCUGACGGUCAAGCUGACCCAGGACAAUCUGCACAUUGUAGACUCCCUGGACCUGCCGACCCCAGACUCCCAGUACCUGACAGAGCUGGCCCACUACCGGCGCUGGGGGGAUUCUGUGCUCCUGGUGGACGUCUCACACGAUGAUAUGCCACAGAAUGUGGUGUCAGCCACCUCUGGGCUGAAGACCUUCAACCUGAUCCCGGCUGUAGGCCUGAACGUGCACAGCAUGCUCAAGCACCACACGCUGGUCCUGACGCUGCGCGCCGCUGCCUUCCUGGAGGAGAAGCUGCUCUGGCACAACUCCCGAUACACGCCGCUCUACCCCUUCCGCCUGCCCUACCGCGACUUCCCCUGA